AUGUCUGGCCCUGUUCCAAGCCGCUCUCGAGUUUACCCUGAUGUAAACACACAGAGACCUCGGGAAUACUGGGACUAUGAGUCCCAUGUUGUUGAGUGGGGAAACCAGGACGACUAUCAGCUAGUCAGAAAACUCGGUCGAGGCAAAUAUAGUGAGGUCUUCGAAGCUAUAAACAUCACAAACAAUGAAAAAGUGGUCGUCAAAAUACUAAAGCCGGUGAAGAAAAAGAAAAUCAAGAGAGAAAUAAAGAUCCUGGAGAACCUACGAGGUGGCCCAAAUAUCAUCUCACUGUUAGAUAUUGUCAAGGAUCCCGUGUCCCGAACCCCCGCUCUGGUUUUUGAACAUGUGAACAACACAGACUUCAAGCAAUUGUAUCAAACCCUAUCUGACUUUGACAUACGGUUUUACAUGUAUGAAAUCUUAAAGGCUCUGGAUUAUUGUCAUAGUAUGGGCAUAAUGCACAGAGAUGUUAAGCCACACAAUGUAAUGAUCGACCAUGAACACAGAAAGCUUCGCCUAAUUGACUGGGGCUUGGCUGAGUUCUAUCACCCAAACCAAGAAUACAACGUGCGAGUGGCCUCCAGGUACUUUAAAGGACCUGAACUAUUGGUAGAUUACCAGAUGUAUGACUAUAGUCUUGACAUGUGGAGUUUGGGCUGCAUGUUGGCCAGCAUGAUCUUCAGAAAGGAACCUUUCUUCCACGGUCACGACAACUAUGAUCAGCUUGUGCGAAUUGCAAAAGUCCUCGGCACAGAAGACCUGUAUGACUACAUUGACAAAUACAACAUUGAGUUAGAUCCACGGUUCAACGACAUCUUGGGAAGACACUCUCGCAAAAGGUGGGAGAGAUUUGUGCACAGUGAGAACCAGCACCUGGUCAGCACAGAAGCUCUGGACUUCCUGGACAAACUGCUGCGUUACGACCAUCAAGCCCGGCUGACAGCCAAAGAGGCCAUGGAUCAUCCAUACUUCUAUCCUAUCGUUAGAGAUCAGGGAAGGGGAGCCACUCCUGGAGGGAUCGCAACCAGCUCAACACCAGUCAGCUCCUCAAGUAUGAUGGCUGCUUUGUGUGUCUCAGGCAUCAGCUCAAUGACCUCCUCACAGCCGCUGGCGAACAUCGCUGGAUCACCCGUCAUCUCAGCCCCCAACACUCUGGCCACACAAGUCCCAGCAGCCACUGGGGCCCAGCCCUGA